AACACGGAGGCAGAAUUAAAGGCUAGGCAGCGGCUGCGGGGAGGGGCCAGGGGUAGGAAUCGGCCCCUCCUCUAGCUGCACAGCGUAGGUCUUCUCCAGGACGGUCGCAUUUCUCGAUCCAUUCCACGCAUUCCUUAUUGCCUGCACCGAGUGACGAGGUUGAUUUUACUUUAUAUUUCUUUUGAAGGCAGAAAUAUAACUAACUGCUGCCGCACGAAGACAUCCAGUCCCCUGCGGCAGCGUCUCACACACAGUCACUCAACACAGACAGGAAGGAAAUCCUCCCUUCCAGUGCGGCUCACAACUCCCGAGGCUGACUUCACACUUCAGACCGCAGACGACUGUCAGCCUGGAAGACUCCCGAACACAAAGCGCUUCCGACCCAGAAAGGCGCGCGAUCAAGACGAGAAGUCAACAUCUUGUGCACGCGUGCCCUCGCGCCUUCCUCCCCACCCCCGCGCUGCUAGUAGAGUACACCUCCAUCACCUGAAGGUAGUUGGAGCCCCCCAACAAUGGAUAAAUUUGUCAUCCGAACGCCCAGGAUCCAGAAUAGCCCACAGAAGAAACAGCUCGGAGGAAAGGUUUACAAGCAAGCCACGAUCGAAUCUUUGAAGAGAGUUGUGGUUGUAGAAGACAUAAAAAGAUGGAAAGCUACGUUGGAGCUUCCUGGUCAAACCAAGGAGAACCUAGUUGUAGCCUUACAAGAAUUAAAGAAGAAAAUCCCCUCCAGGGAGGUGUUGAAGUCGACGAGGAUAGGUCACAUUGUGAACAAGAUGUGCAAGCACUCAGACCCAGAGGUGGCGAGUCUCGCCAAAGAAGUUCACACUGAGUGGAAAACUUUCUUUGAAGAACGUGUGGAUAGACCUUCUAUUGAAGUCCGAAGUGAUCCGAAAACUGAGUCAUUUAGAAAAAAUGCCCAGAAAUUACUCUCAAACGCCUUGGAAUUGGAGAUGGAUCACCUACUGGUUGAAAAUAUUGAGCGGGAAACGUUUCAUCUCUGCUCCCGGCUCAUUAACGGGCCGUACCGGAGGACGGUGCGCGCUCUGGUCUUCACAUUAAAGCACCGAGCUGAGAUCCGGGAGCAGGUGAAGAGCGGGACGCUGCCGGUCGGCACGUUUGUACAGACCCACAAAAAGUGACCCGAUGAUGGGCCCAGCGCUGGGCCUCGCGCCGCCACUCAAAGACUCUUUGAGUUUGGGUGAUGCGGGUGUCGGCUGUGCUGGAUAUACCCAUGGUGCCAUUCCUUCAGACAGAAUGCGGGGAGCCCUGGGAGACAGGCCCGUGGGAGCGGCUUCAUUAGCUGUCUUUCGGCCUGCCUGACUGGAUGCACGCGGCUGUCACGAGGAUGGGCCAUCCAGUUGCCUUCACCCAACACAAUGGAAGGGUGACAGGUUUCACUGUGAGCUUGCCAAGGACACCUCUAAACUCCCCCAUGGCAGGCAGAUGAAGUUACCACUUUAUUUCGCCACCCUGCAGGUAACUGAAACUCAAUUACGGCUGCCGCUCACUCAGUUCCAUCCCCCUGAGUUUAGACAGCUCCGGUGCCUCUCAGAACUCCCCUGUCUCUUCUCUUUGCUCAACCCCAGGGGUGAGCCCACUGGAGCCUGAGACCAGCCCUGCUUGCCAGCGCUCACUUAUCUGAGCCUUUCAGCUCUCCCUGGAAGACCUUCCGGGAUGGGCUCCUGAGCCCCCAUGCUGGGGCUUUUAAUGAGACGCUGGCCUGAAGCUUCCCGCACCUCGGGGUUUAUUUGAAUACAGGCUCUGCAGAAAAUGCAUAAUGAAAUUCCUCUCGCAGUGACUUCCUGCGGUAGGGAAAGAUGCACACGUGAAGAUUGUCAAUGAAAUAUGUCUCUGCAAGCCUGCUUGGGUGGUCACGGAGAGUGUCCUCGCUCUUUAAAAGGUAUAAUAAACGGAUACACUAAAA